GGAGCGUUGUGCAUCUCCCCACUCAUCUCUGUUCAUACUCAUCUCUGCUAACACAGACAGAAUGUGAAAUUUUGCGUCGUUUUGAGGUUAUACACAUGCAUUAUUAUUUAGUUUAAUAUCUCUCACAAUGAAUGAACAGUGGCAAAAGAUAAGUGACGUUUAUGGUCCUACAUUAGUAAGCUUUUGCAAACAUUGGAAUAUUACACCUAUUCAGACAAAAAACGGAGCAUUUUAUAUAAAUGAUGAAGAGAUUUUGCAGAAAUACAAAAAGAUAUUAUUAGGAAGUAUGCACUCCCGUGAAAUUAUCAAGGAGGAUGAAGAAGUAAACAAAGACAUAAAUGAUGUACACUAUGGAACCAAUUCUAUUGACUUUAUAGAAGGUUUUGAUCAUUUUAUUAAUUGUACUAAAGAUAAAAUAGUUGGAUCAUUAAAAUCAAGUGAUACACAAAUGUCUGUAGGAUCUAUUGAUGGAUCAUUGCAAGCAACUGAAAUGCGAAUGACUUUAGGGUCUAUUGAUAAUAUACUACAGAGAAUCAAUAUUUCUAUUGAUCAUUAUGUGUCGAAGACACAAAAGGAACCAAAAUUUCCAAAAACUCAUAUCUUGGAAGCAUCAAUAAAUGGAAAGGAAAUAUUUCAAUAUAUUAUGGAUUUUUGUAUUGAUGUAUAUGUUGAUGGUUAUGAAAACUGUAUUCCUUUAGUAGUUCCCAUAUUGGAAUGUUUUCAAAAACAUCAUAAAAGAUUUAACUAUUAUAGUCUUCUCAAGAAUAUAAUUCAGAUUAAAAAAAACGAUGCUAAGAAAAAAGAAAUUUCUGUGCCGAUUCAGCAAAUAAAAAGAUAUUUCCAGCUUAUUUUUCAUAAGGUUGUUCCAUUAAGAUUGUUUGGCAAUAAUAGAAAUAAAAAGAAAAUGCUGAAAGUUAUUAACCAAUUGAUGGACAGUGGACGAUAUGAAUGUAUCACUUUAAAAUCAAUCAUAAAUAAGCUGAAGAUUGCUGAUGUUGAUUGGUUGAAACCUAUUAAUAACAGCAUAAUAAAACAAUCAGUUUUUGCAAAAGUGGUAUACUGGUUUCUUACUGAAUUUAUUAAAGAAAUAUUAUAUACUCAAUUUUACAUAACAAAUAUUACUUCUACUGGUAGUAAAAAGAUUUAUAUACCACAUGGCAUAUGGAAAACUGAGAAAGCUAAAUUUAUCCGAAAACUGAAACGAAAGUUGACUAUUAUGCUUGACGAUUCAAAAGAUUUCGAUGACCUUCCAAUUGCCAAAUUGGUAUUACUACCAAAAUUAACAGGCGUUAGGCCUAUAUUACAAAUAAAAUAUAGUCAGGCAGAAAAAAAAAACCUACGCAAAGUUUCAAGAUUCUUAGAACAAUUGUAUAUUACCCAUUACAAUCAGAUGACACUACCACGAUUUCAUAAACAGUGGAAAACGACUGUUCAGUGUUUACGAAAUUCAACACAAAAACAUUUACAUAAUUUCGUAUCUUGUGAUGUAAAAGAUGCGUACGGUUCUAUAAAUUGCGACAAAUUAUUUGAAAUUGUAACGUCCCUUUGCGAUUCAAUACCCGACAAAAUAAGAAUGGAGUCACUUACUAUUAUGAAGCGGCGUGAUUUAAAAAGUUCACGAAAAUUGACGACUAGGCAAUAUUUCGUCAACCGAAACUUACAGUUGUCUAUAUCGGCGAAUACAUUAUUCUCUCCAACGAAAGAUUCUCACAGUGAAACGAUCAGAAAGGAUUGGCUAAUGACUAAAAUAAAAAAUCAUAUUUUUCAUCAAAAGGUUUGGAUUAAUAAUAAGAAAUACUUAUUGAUAAAAGGCGUAGCCCAAGGAGCUUUGCUUUCUGCAGUUUUAUGUGACAUUUAUUAUAGUCAUAUGGUACAACAUGAGUUAUCAAAGUUUCUAAAAACUGGUACUUUGUACCGAUACGUUGAUGACUUUUUGUAUGUAACAGAUAACGAAGAUUCUGCAAAAAGGUUUUUAGACGUCGUUGAGAAGGGCAUUAGUGGGUACAACUGCCAAUUUAAACCUUCGAAAACGCAAACAAGUUUACAACCCCGUUCUGAUGGUGCAGAAACUUUAAUAUAUUUAGGAUACAAUCUAAAUAUGAAAACUUUAGAGGCAACGCCAAAAUAUCUAGACGUGAAUGCACGAUAUACAACAACACUAAGUUACUCUAGCCAUAAAACACCAACGGCAAUCCUUCAGCGUCGGUUAAACAAUAUAGCGUCUCUUAAGCUAACCAAUAUUGUCUUGGAUGAUGAAAUUAAUUCUAUGACUACAAUACUUGAGACCCUGAGACGUGCUAGCUUAUUACAAGCUUCUCGAUGCCUUGCGCUUAUUUUAAGAAUAUUUGACGACACACCCAAGAGUGCUCAGGAUAUCUUUAAAGCGAUUAAAUUUUCUAACAAUAAAAUUGUAAGAACCGUUGGACAUAUGUACAUGACAGAUAAAGAAAAACGGAUAAAAAUUACUAAAGAACUUAAAUACCUGUUAUGGGAUUCUUACAAGAAGGUAUUCAACAAGAGACCGAAUCUAUAUAAAACGUUCAAUUGGCGUUUUACUCGUGAAAUAUCACACUUACUGCUUUAGUAUGUAUUUAAAGAAUUUAUUAACAAAAUAUUCUAUGGUGCUUCGUUGUAAAGAUAUUAAUAAAGU